GAGCCCGUCCGCCUGUCCGCCCGCCGUCGCCUUGACGCGCCUCCCUCUUCUUUUGCCGAGUUUGACAGGAGUUCCGACGGGGCUUUUUUCGCCGCAGGUCCGUAGAGGAGGGAGCAGCCGCUCACGCCGCCAACUCCAGCCGGGGCUCCCCUCGCCUGGCUCACUCCCCCCGCCCACUCGCCAGAGAGGCAAGGAAGCCGAUCUCGACCCGGCGACCAGCUCUCCUCGGACGGCAUGUCAGAAUCCAGAUCCCAGAGCACGGCGGCGGACAAGGAGUCUUCCAACCUGGUGGCCCAGCUGUUUGGGGGGCUGCGUUGGGGCCGCCUGGAGGAGCCCCUGGGAUUCAUUAAGGUGCUGGAGUGGCUCUUUGCCAUUUUUGCCUUUGGAGCCUGUGGUUCUUUUAGUGCAGAAACGGGGGCUACUGUGAAAUGCACCAAGCUUCCCAAGGAGACAACUGCUAUUACUGUGCAGUUUGGAUAUCCUUUCAGGUUGUAUAAAAUCCCAUUUGAUAUGCCAGAUUGUAUCGAAGGAUCAACUGCUAAAAGAGUGCUGCAUCUCAUGGGAGACUUUUCUGCACCAGCUGAAUUCUUCGUGACCUUGGGGGUUUUUAGUUUUCUAUAUACUAUGGCAGCUCUUGCAGUAUAUCUGCGAUUUCACUCCCUCUAUAAGGAGAAUAAGAAGCUACCUUUUGCGGACUUCUGUGCGUCUGUCUCAUUUACCUUCUUUUGGCUAGUGGCAUUUUCAGCUUGGGGCAAAGGUCUAUCGGACGUGAAAGGAGCUACACGGCCUUCCAGCCUUAUUGCAGCCAUGUCAGUAUGUCAAUUCAAAAAUGCAGUGUGCAAUGCUGGGGCCACUCCUUCUAUGGGUUUGGCCAACAUCUCUGUGCUGUUUGGUUUUGUCAACUUUAUACUCUGGGCUGGAAAUUGCUGGUUUGUUUUUAAAGAAACCCCUUGGCAUGCACAGACCACCAACAAGGAAAAUUCUGCUGAACAAGGGGCUGUUGAUAAGCAAUAAGGAAACCCCACCCCCAUUGAAGCCUUCUUCCCCCCCCACCCCAAAUCAAGAACAUGCAGUUUCUUUGCUCAUCCCAUGCAGGAAAUGUGUCUUCUCUGCCAUUUUUGCUACUGCUCAGCAGUCAUAUUGGCUUCCCUUUGUGACUGAAAUGGGAGGCCUUUCUCCAGCUGCAAUCAUUUGGUCUUCUUGUGGUCGUAGAUACACAGACUGUUCAUAGUUACAACAAAACUCUUCUUUAUUUGGAUUUUUUAUAAGCAUAUGCUACUGUACAUUUUCACAUUAGUCACCUAUCUUAGGAUGUGUGGCAAUAUGUCUUUACUGAUGACUUUUAUCAUUAUCUUUUUUUAAACGAAGCCAGUAGAGUUGAAUAAGAACCUAGAGAAAACCAAAUAAUUAGAACCACAGAACUUGGGACAACGAAGUGCCUUAGAGAGAAAAUAUGUCUACUUUGUAACUAUAAGAGCCUUGGUGGCGCAGCAGACUAACGUGCUGUUAAGUAGCACAGCUGCCUGCAAUUACUGCAAGUUUAAAUCUCACCAGGCUCAAGGUUGACUCAGCCUUCCAUCCUUUCGAGGUAGGUAAAAUGAGGACUUGGAUUGUGGGGGCAAUAAGCUGACUUUGUAUAAAAAAGAACACUGCUUAGGGGGGCCUGAAAGCCCUACUAAGCAGGUAUAUACAAAAGUAUGAAGGCUAUUGCUUAACGCAUUGUAAGCCGCUCUGAGUCUCCGGAGAAGGGCGGCAUAUAAAUCGAACCAAUAAAUAAAUAAAUAAAUACAAUAAAUAAUAGUUGUAGAAACAGUAACUUGCCACUUGGCUGAGCAGCAAAAUAAAAUUAAAAUAAAAUUUUUUUUUUACCUUUAAUACAUUUGACGGCAGAAAGGAGUGUGUUACAUUUCUCAUUUUGUACUACAGACUAUACAUAUUCUAAACAUAUUUUUGCUUCCAUUAAAUAUAAUUGAUUACAACUUAAGAUACUGUUUGCACACAGGUGUCUUGUUCAGUCUUGCAUGGCUAAUAUGGGAAAGUUUUUUUUUUUAAUUGAAAUAAGAGAAAGUCCUCGUUGGUCAUUUUGAGCCACAAAGGAUAAUCCUUGCCAAUGUGAGCUGAUUUUGCUAUCCCUAGAUUGCACACAAAUAUUGACCAUCCAGAAGUAGCUUUAGUGAAAUACUUCUAUUAUUCUAGAUUUUGACAUCUGUUUCAAAACUUCUUGAAAUUUUGUUUUAUUUUAAAACAUUUCACAAUAUGAACUUCUUUGAGUAUGCAGACUAAUUCAAUUCACCUGAAGUUAAGACAGCCCAAACUUGGCUAAGAAACAUGGAGAGCACAGAUGGAAUUUUUUAAUAUAUAACUUAUGAUAUUGUUCAGAAUCUUUGUGUUUUGUAAUGGCCUUUAAAUCCUCUGUAAUGGAAAUUGUUAAUUCUUCAUUUUUGAAAUUGACUAUCAGUCAACUAAUGUAUACUUGUUCAUAUCUCAAAUUUAACUCCCAUUUGGCUGCAAUUAGCAACAUCAUUUGAUGGUGACAUGAGCCACCCUAAUCACCCAAGUUGCUAUGGGAAUUCUUAAGGAAGCUUUUAGCAUCUCUGGAUGUCUCUUAGAUAGAGGACAAGACUGCCAGAAAUUAAGUGUAGUACAAUAAAUCUGCAUUUUCCUUUCCUCCAUCUUUUUCAUUAGAAACAACUUGCUCUUGAGAAUAUCAGCUAUUCUUCAGUUAUUUCCCACCCCUCAAUCCUCAAAUCUCUGUUUCCAUAGACCUAAACUUAAAUGGGGGGGAGGGGAUAGCUUUUAGGAAAUGUGGGAGAUGCCAGAGUAUGGAAGGAUGAUUAUUUUCUCUGUUGAAUUAAAUCUAUUAUAUCAGACCUUGUUCUUGGACUUUCUCUUAUUUCCACAUCUUCUUUUAUCAGAAAAGGGAGAAAAAAAUCUUAAUAUUACUAAUACUGGUGCUUUGUUAGGUGUGGGACCUUCAUAUUAAGCAGGUGUCCUUUGUAUUUUUUGUAAACUUCAUUUUCUUCCUGAAUUUUUAUUACUGGUACUUCUUCACCACAGUGAUAGUUUUUAGGAAAUCCUGUGGCAUUUUGGCAUUGAAACUAUGAUAUAUAGUCUCCUACUGGCCCUGCAGUGUCCUUUUUUUUUUUUAUAGAAGAAAAAGAUUACUAUAAACCAAAGAAAACUGUUUGACUAUCUUUUUAGAAUGAGUUUCUCUGGUAGUCAAUUAUUAUGUGCGCUUCUAUCAACAAAUUAGUCCAUACCUAGACUAAUAGCUUUUAGCUAAUAGUGUGUUUACAUAAUCAUUCAUUUCAAGGAGUUCUAUAUUUUUUUCUGAAACACUGAACCUACAAAUGUAGUUAGAUAUGUGUGUCUUUCAUCUUGUUUAUAUCUUUGAUUCUUUCUUCUGAAUCUUACAGAUUACUUGCUACCUUUGCAAAGAUUUGUCCAACGUCCUCAAUUAAUAAAAAUCAAUGUCACUAUA